GCAACCAUGAAAUUCAUUCUCUUAUUAGCCCUUUUGGGGGCAGCUGUGGCCUUCCCUUUGGAUGAUGAUGAUGACAAGAUUGUUGGGGGUUACACCUGUACCAAGAACUCUCUCCCCUACCAGGUAUCCCUCAACAGUGGCUACCACUUCUGUGGUGGCUCCCUCAUCGACAAGAAGUGGGUCGUGUCUGCUGCUCACUGCUACAAAUCCCAAAUCCAGGUGAGACUGGGUGAGCACAACAUUAAUGAAAUUGAAGAGACCGAGCAGUUCAUCAACUCCUCCCUGGUCAUCCGCCAUCCCAACUAUGAUAGCUGGGUUCUGGACAACGACAUCAUGAUGAUCAAGCUGUCGACCCCCGCUGCCCUCAACAGCCGCGUAGCUUCCGUCUCCCUGCCCUCCUCCUGCGUGGAGGCCGGGACCAAGUGCCUGAUAUCCGGCUGGGGCAACACCCUCAGCUCUGGCACUGACUACCCCUCGCUGCUUCAGUGCUUGGAUGCCCCUGUGCUCUCCGAGUUUGAUUGCCGCAAUGCCUACGCCGGGCAGAUCACCAGAAACAUGAUGUGCCUGGGCUUCUUAGAGGGUGGCAAGGACGCCUGCCAGGGUGACUCCGGUGGCCCCGUUGUCUGCAAUGGCGAGCUCCAGGGUAUCGUCUCUUGGGGCUACGGUUGUGCCCAGAAAGGCAGGCCCGGUGUCUACACCAAGGUCUGCAACUAUGUCAGCUGGAUCAGAAACAUCAUUAGAACUUCCUAAGUGGUGUCCUUCUCUUAUCGUCCCAUGGGCGCUCUGGUCUCUCCCUGCUACCUUACCUUCUCUCUUGAUCGCAAAUAAACCUGUGCUUUCCAACUUC